GCGCGACCCAGCUCCCGAGCCGGUGCUGCUCCAUCCGGGUACCCAGCGGCCCGUGGCUGUUUUGUUUCCUGGGCGGAAAGUGGGAGAACGAGGCGUCCCCGCGCGGCGCGACUCCGGGGCUCCAGACUGAGCGCGAGGGAGGCAUCGGACUGACCUGGGAAAAUGUCCGGAUUUCUAGAAGGCUUUAGAUGCUCAGAAUGCAUUGAUUGGGGGGAAAAACGAAAUACAAUUGCUUCAAUUGCUGCUGGUGUUCUAUUUUUUACAGGCUGGUGGAUUAUCAUAGAUGCAGCUGUCAUUUAUCCCACUAUGGAGGAAUUCAACCACUCAUAUCAUACUUGUGGUGUCAUAGCAACCAUAGCCUUUCUAAUGAUCAAUGCAGUAUCAAAUGGACAAGUCCGAGGUGAUAGUUACAGUGAAGGUUGCCUGGGUCAAACAGGUGCUCGAAUUUGGCUAUUCAUUGGUUUCAUGUUGGCCUUUGGAUCUCUGAUUGCAUCUAUGUGGAUUCUUUUUGGAGGUUAUGUUGCUACAGAAAAAGCCACAGUAUACCCUGGAAUUGCUGUGUUUUUCCAAAAUGCCUUCAUCUUUUUUGGAGGACUGGUGUUUAAGUUUGGCCGCACUGAAGACUUAUGGCAGUGAAAACAUCUGAUUCCGUUCCCCACAGCAGUCCCAAAUGGGUUUGUUUGUUUGUUUUUUUACUACUCACUCCCAAUCUUGUGAUGUCAUUUUCUAAACUUGUUUCUGAGUAUAGUCUCAGCUCCAAUUUGUGUAAUACUGAGAUCACGAGAACUCCUAUUUAAAGAACAAAAAGUCUAUUGUGAUAUGCAUUUGACUAACUUAUAAAAUGUUACAGAAAAAUAUUUCACAUGAAUAAUUUUUAAAAGUUUUAUCAUGGUAUAAUUUGUAAAAAAAAAAAGAAAUUAUGAAUGUAUUAUAUAUGAAUACUUGUCAUAAUCAAGGUCCAGAACUACAAUUAAAGAACUCUGAAUUGAAUGUUUAUUUAAAUGUGGCUUCCUCUGUGUCAAGUUUUAAAUAAAAAAAAUAAGCAUU